CCAGUCGACAUGCGGCACGGUUUCUGUUUCCUCUUCUUCCUUCUAUGGGAUGGAAUCCUUCUGGAGGGAAGCAAAGAGGAAAUUCAGCUCAGAAAGAACCUCUUUGCAAAUUAUUCUAUGGUUCUCCCCGUCGAGUUCCCCAAUUCCCCACUCCUGGUCACCUUCCGCCUCGUUCUCUAUCGGAUCACAGAGUUGGACGAGAGGAAUCAGGCCCUCGUCACGAACGUGGAGGUCGUUCUCCUAUGGAAGGAUGCCUAUUUGAAAUGGGACACGAAGGACUACGGUGGAAUCGAGCAGAUCAUGGUACCCUAUGCAUCCAUCUGGACGCCGGACAUCAUCCUAGGCAAUAGGUAUUAUAAUUUUCAGUCAUUAAGAAAUCCUGUAAGUGCAACUUUUUUGCUAUGCGCUUCAGGCUGCAAAUUCGUGUCCACGAACUACGCAGAACGGCUGCUGACGACAAACGCGAUCGUGAGCUCGACGGGGGAGGUGGCCCUACUCACGGCUGCGAACUUCCGCUCUACUUGCGAUGUGGACGUGUCCUCCUUCCCGUUCGACAUCCAGAAUUGCACGAUGCGCUUCGGAUCCUGGAGCUACGACAUGACCAUGGUUACUCGCUCGCUCCUUUUCUGCCUCCCUAACUACAUUUUCUUGUAUACGAACGGUUCACCUCAAUUGCUUGGUAACAGUACCCUUUCUGGGCGUCAAGGUAUUGGUAGCGCCUAG